UGCCAGAGGAAGUGGUGGAUGCAGGCAAUACAAGAAAGAAUUUGACAUUGGAAAUAUGGAAGUCAAACCCAAAGAUUAUACAUUCCUGAAGGACAACUAUUCCAAUUCAGUGUUUCACUUGACCCGGGAACACCUUGAACUGCUGGUGAUCUGGUCACAUUGUCAUGGUAACCAAUGCUCAUUUACCCCAACCUGGAGGGAGAUUGUUGAAGAACACCAAAAUGGAAUCCUGGCUAUUUUAUGGGAAUGUGAAGCUGGUCAUUCCUACCAUUGGUGGACUGGAGGCAUGUGUCAAUUACCUUGUGAUCAAGAUAAAUCCAGAGACCAGCUGCCUUUGAAAUCCAAGCAGUUAGAAGAUGUCUUAGCAUCAGCUGUUCAAAUAAGAAAACCGCAUAAAAUUAAGACUACAGAUGGUGAUUUAACAAAAGAAACUAAUUCAUUUGAUGGCUCUUGUAAGCCUUUUCUACCUACUGACAAUAAAACAGUCCGGAAUGGAGCUUCAGUUGCUCAAUUUCCUUUGACCCAUCAGUCUUGGAGAGAAACUGAUAUGCUCGAUAGUGACAAAGGGAAAUUAGGUGCUGAUGGUACAAUGGGUGAAACACAAGCUGGCAAGAAACCAGAUAUCCUGCAUAUAAAAACUGAAAAAGAGGAGAUCUCAGAAUUUAAUGACCAAUGUGUAAUGAAAGAUGAAAACAGAAGUCAAAGUCGAGAAUUGAAAAAAUAUCACUUGGGUAAUAGUUCCUUAGUUGUAGGACAAUCAACUGGACACAAUCUAUCUCCAACUGAGACAUGCAGUAUAUCAAAUGGCUACAGAAAACGGACAUCAUCAAUUGAUGAUCAGUGUUCUGGUUCAUCAUUAAUGUCUCAUUAUAAUAAUGGCAAAGUUCACAUUGCAGAACUACACCACUCCCCCCAUCCUAUAUCAAGAGGAUCUUGCUUAACUGAAAGUUUGGUAGAGAAUACCAUGAAACCAUCAGAUGUGUCACCUGGAGAGUACUGCACUGGGUCAGCCAAGCUGGCAAAUCAUGACCAAAAUGGAUCGAAUCUAGGACCACUUUUAGAUUCUGAAUGUGUCAGGCCCUUAACCUGUAAUCGUGUAAAUUCUGACAUUGACAACCCUGAAUUACAGUAUCAUCCUUCAGAAUCAUCUGGGCAAGAGGGAGUUUUAGAGUUCCUGCACACUAUUUUGAAAGCUGAUGUAGUGGAUGAAAUCUUCUCAAAUGUUCGUUUAGCAAAUGAAUCUGAUGUCGAAGUUUUGACAGAGAAUCUUAGUGGAAAAGAAGACUUGCUGCUGGAUUCUGGAGUCCAAACUAAUGCAAGGUUGUAUUUUAGUGCUGGUGGAUGGGCAGCAGUUUUGGCAACACUUGAAGUGUUGGGAACAGCGCUGGAAAGGAGCAAAAGUGAGCAAGAUAUGGAAGACAGAAUAACAGAAGUUUCAGAUUCAGGACCAGAGUUAAUGAUUGUGAAUCCAUAUCCAUCUUGUAAUAUGCUUAAUGCAGCAGCAAUGGAUGAAGAACAAAUUGUUGUUGCCCAUGUACCUGCUUUGCUCCCCUCAGCAGAUGACAAAAAGAGAAAAGUUAAAUAUCCUGUAACAAAGGGGGAGAUUAGGAGACGUAUUAUCCCUCCUGAGAAAAUGUCUAAAACAGUCAUUAAAAGCUACCUAAGGCUAAGGAGAGAUAACCGCUUUGACAUUCGCCAGCUUCUGGAUCUGCCUGUGACUGGCUAUGACCGGACUCUACACACAUCAUUUACUCGACUCUGUGAAGGAGAAGCAAAAACACUGACUGAAAAUUUUCAUCAGCUCAACCUUGGGUACUUUCCUGUCGAUGAAUGUGCCAGCACGAUAGCAGAGCACGCUGCAGCUUCAGAAAUAUAUGCAGCAAGAAAGGUGAUUGAAGAUCUUGACACAAUCAUGGACAGUUUUAUGUGGCAGGAACAUCCAUAUAAUUUAAUCACACAUGGAUUUGGUCCUCAGAACAUCAAGGUAGUUUUGGACUUGAUAAAACUACUUCUGCGAGAAUCGCUACGAAAAACUGCGUCCUGAUGCAGGCAAAAUAAAAUCACUGGAAUUUGUAGGUUCUUUUUCAAAAAAAGCUAUGUAAUAGUGGAACUUAUUGCUUUUAGUCUGUUUAUCCUGUUAAACUUGUGUGUAACUAGCUUUGUAAGAAUAUUUACAGAAAUGUUGUUUUAUAAUGUAAGUAAUGUACAGUAGCCCCCCUCUAUCUGUAGAACUUUUAUGUACAAAUUGGACUAUGGUUGGAAAAUAGGCAUCUUAUGAGCUUUAUGUUGGAGCAUUAGUAAAGAUUAUGUAUAUAUUAGAGUUAUAGUGAGUGGCUACUGUACUUCACAAUAAAACAUUUCAAGAAAAA